AUGUCAAAGCUCAAGCAAAAAUAUCCUAUCAAAAAGAAGGCUCAACAAGCAUCUAGAGACGGCGACAGCAUGGACAUGGACGACCAAACGGAUGGUGAUAUCAUACGGUGUGUAUGCGACGACUCUGAUGACGAUGGCUUUACGAUUCAAUGUGAGCACUGUGAAAAUUGGCAACAUGCUUCAUGCGUAAACAUCAAAAAGAACAAUAUACCAGAGCACUACAUGUGCGAUAGAUGCAGCAGGAAGCUCAGCAAAAGAGACAAUGCAACCCGUCGACGCAAUUCUUCAUCAGAAACAGAUAAAAAGCCAAAAUCAAAGAAGCCCUUGAAACGAGCGAUUCCUAAAAAGCGUGUUUACUCUCCAGAUAGCGACGAUGGUGACAGCACAGCUCACCACACACCGCCCACCAUCUCCAAGACCAAGUUUACGCCAUUAUCAAAAAAUGUGUUCAAGGAAAAAUUAGUGGAACAUUUGCUGAUAGAAGUGCAUCGUCAAUGGAUGGAAUCCAACAAGCCCAAAUCGUUCAGUGGCAAAUCCAAAGUCGAAUCACCAUCCACAUCAUCGAGUGCUGCAGCAAAGGGCCUUGAAUCAAUUGUUGUCAUGGAGAGUAACCUAUUGCUUCCUGCUAUCCCGAAAGCAUCUGUUAAGCCGUUGAGAAGGUCGUUACGAGGCAGUUUUCUGCAAAACCAAAGAGAUCCGUCUGUGGAGAAGGGCGUCUUUGCUGACAUACAUAUCCCAGAGCAUCGAUACUUGAUGGAGGUGACAGGGGAAUACGCGCGCAAAUCAGAGUACAAGAAUGAUCCAGACAACAACUUUACGCUGCUGGGAACACCACCCGCCCAUGUGUUCUUUUUUCGCAACAUUGACAUUUGCAUUGACGCUCGAUUUGCUGGAAAUGACACUCGCUACAUUCGAAGAUCGUGCUCACCCAACUCAGAGAUCAGAGGCAUCAUUCUCCCCAACGACAGUGACGACCACACCAUACAUAUGGGCAUCUAUACAACGGAAGAAGUAGACCGUGGCGAGGAAAUCACCAUUUCUUGGAACUGGCAGCGAGGAUAUCUGAUGUGGAACAAAAACAAGGAAUUCUUACGUCAGGAUCACAGAGUUGAGAUAAAUCCAUCAGAAGUUGAUUCGUUGAAGCAAAGCUUGAAUCUGUUAGCGUCCGAAUUUGGUGAGUGCGCCUGUGAAGACAAGGAGGAAUGUCUGAUAGAAUGCUUGAAAGAUGAGCUGGAAAAGCAAGACGACGAUCAGUAUGCAGCAGCAGCAGCAGCAGCAGCAGCAGCAGAGAAUGACAAUACCACCUCUUCAUCUAAAAGAAAAAGACUCUCCCAUAGCAGCAGUGGUAGCAAAAUGCCGCGCUCCGACAACAACGAGCAUUACAAACCAGGCAAGAAGGGAGUUCCUCGCGCGAGUGAUAUCUUUUCAUCGGAUGAGGAAAGCAAGCCCAAAAGUCGUCGUAGCAGCGUUGGCAGCAACAAGGAAGAGCACAAGCAAGUGAAACUCAUCAAAAAGAGCACAUCCAGAAGAAAUCCAGUGAAUGCACCUACAUCACCUACAGUGUCUCAGGCGGAUAGUGUGGAUAUCGAUAUUAUAUCAAUGAGUCCAGUGCCAUCACAGCCUACAAGCGAAACCGAAUCAGAAACGCAACUGCCUAAUUACAAGCGGCCACGACCCCUUGUGCCUGGUGAUAUCAGAUUACCCAUCAAGAAGAGAUGGCUUCUGCGAUACCUCAAUGAACAGCAGGAAAUGCAGCAAAAGGAACAUGAACAGCUUGAACUCGAACGACAGCGUGCACAGGCGUCAGUGGAGCAACAGCCUCAAAGCGAAGUAGCGAAUCCAUCCAUAUCUUCACCAGCACCUGAUCCAGCGUCUACAGAAGAUACAUCGAGAAACACUUACCAUGGGAUAGAGCAAGAUGAUUCAAGUGAUGGUGCUAGUUCUGACUCAACACUGCCCUUGGAAGAUACCCCCAAAAUACAGCAAGGCCAUGUUGAUCAGCAACAAGACAAAAUCAACACUGUGCCAGACACAACCACACAUCCAACUGCCACUGCCUUACCACAAGGACAAGAUCAAGACACUUCCAACCAUCCCACUGGCCCUACUGGUAAUAACAACAUCGCUGACAGUGGCCAACCUGAACCCUCUUCCUCCUCUUCUAGUGUGUAUCCUAUUGACAACAAAAUGGAACAAGUGAAACAAGCCAAGAAGAAGCUGAGUCUUCAAGAAUAUCUGCUGAUGCGUCGAGGCAACUUGCCAACACCAGAUGAGAAGCAUUCAUCCGCUGAUUAA